UAUGGUAGCGGAGGGGCGGCGGCGAUAACGAGACAAACUGUCUGCGGCCGGCCGCUCGCUGCGGCAGACGCCGGCGGUGUGCUCAGCGUCGCGGCGUGCGUGUAGUGUGCGCGUGCGAUCGAGGAGGUGUGCUUCGCGUACCGUGUUGUGCGCGCGUUACGGCGCCUCGGUGUUUUGGAGCCGCGAAGCUAUCGGCGAGCCCGUCAAUACAGUGCCGAGAAGACGCGAUCGUCGUCGCGACCAUGACUUCGGCGACGCCGGAUCGCGCGGUCACUUCGAAGGGCCUGGUCCUGGGAGUGGACCUGGGCACGACCACAGUCAAGGCGUGCCUCGUCUCGUCCGAAGGCGGCUCCGCGGUCUCGUCGCUGUCGCGCGAGACGAAGGCGACCCUCGCCAGCGACCUGGGUUCUCUGGGCAGCGAGCAGGACGCGCACAGGAUCUGCACCGCGCUGCAGUUCUGCCUGUCGCAGCUGCCCAAGGAACAGUUGGCUCGCGUGACGCGCGUCGCCGUCUCGGGGCAGAUGCACGGCGUCGUCCUCUGGCGACGCGACAGCGGCUGGAAGCGCAACGCGUUCGGACGCUUCGACGUGGACGUGGUGAGCGCGCUGUACACCUGGCAGGACGGACGCUGCUCGGCGAGCUUCCUCGAGUCCCUGCCCAGGCCCCGCUCGCACUUGCGGCUUAGCUCGGGCCACGGCUGCGCCACGCUCUUCUGGCUGCUCAAGCAUCGGCCGCGCGAGCUAGAGCGGUUCGACCGCGCGGGCGCCGUUCAAGACUUGGUGGUGGCCAUGCUGUGCGGCCUCGACAGGCCGGUCAUGUCGACGCAGACGGCGGCGUCGUGGGGAUACUUCGACACCGUCGACGGGCAGUGGAACACCGACCUGUGAGUGAUAUGAGUAUUCUUUCGCGCGCUAUUCUUGUAUGCUUCCCAUUUCUUGCAUUCCAGAGCUCCGUGGUCUCUUCAAAAGAGCUUGCUCUUCGAUUUGCUUGCCAGCGCAUGUGAUG